ACGGCGCGACGGACGGACGGACCGGAACGCGUUUUAGAAUGACGAUGUGCAGAUGCAACUCUUGAUCGUAACCUGCGAAGCAAGCGGCACAAUUAAGUCAUACUGGUAGCCGGUUAUAAUUAGACUCACAAGUACGCCGCCGCGCGGUAAACGAAUUCUCCGAACGUGGUGGUGGUGGUCGGAAGCGAUAUUGUUUUUCGAGUGCGCCUACUUAGAUUUCAAUUUCAAAGCACACCCAAUCGCCGGCGGCAACACCAUGGCUUCCGUUCCACUGGACGACACCGACUCCAUGAGGCUAGGUGAGCAGCUGUACAAAUCAAGCACGGACGUUUGGGACAACAACAGCAGUGAUAGUAUGUCCAAAUUUCGGAACCCUACAUAUCCCGCGCCGCAACAGCAACAAACCGAGAGCCAGCAGCGCAUCGAAGCUCCGUUGAUGAAGAUAAAAACGUACCUUUCCGCACUGCGACCAUGGUCGUUGUCCGCCAGCCUGGUACCGACAAUGCUCGGCACAACGAUUGCGUUACGUGUCCACGGUUUUCAGGAGUUUAACUUCCUAACGUUCAUAUGCACCAUCUUUACGGUGAUCACAGUGCACUGCGCCGGCAAUGUGGUAAACACGUACUUCGAUUUCGUCAAAGGUAUCGACAACCGAAAGUCGGACGAUAGAACCUUAGUUGAUCAUAUUCUCAGUAAGGAUGAGGUGGUCACCCUGGGCGUGCUGCUGUACUGUGCCGGGUGCGUGGGGUUCGUGUUUCUAGUGUACCUUUCGCCGGCUAAACUUGAGCACCUGGCCCUGGUGUACUUCGGCGGACUAUCGUCGAGCUUUCUGUACACGGGCGGAAUCGGGCUCAAGUACAUUGCGCUCGGCGAUGUGUUGAUACUGGUCAUUUUUGGGCCGAUCUCGGUCCUCUUUUCGUACAUGGCUCAAACGGGGUACGUCGAGUGGAUGACGAUCUUCUACGCGAUUCCGCUUGCCCUGAACACGGAGGCCAUCCUGCACAGCAACAACACGCGUGACGCCGAGUCGGACAAGAAGGUCGGCAUCGUGACACUGGCGAUACUGAUCGGCAGAACGUGCUCGUACGUGCUCUACGCACUGCUGCUCUUCACUCCGUACGUAAUCUUCGUGGUGCUUGGCAUGAAGUACUCCGUGCUGUUCCUGCUGCCCAUGGUGACGCUAAAGCGGGCGUUCGAAAUUGAGCGGCAGUUUCGCAACGAAAGCACCCUGCAAAAGGUGCCCCGGCAGACGGCCAAGCUGAACCUGUUCUUCGGUAUCCUGUACGUGGUGGCCUGCUUCGGUGCUCCGCAGCUACCAUUCAUUACGCGGAAGUGAACACCACACCGUUCUUGGCAACGGGACAGUAGCGCAUAGCAACAGGCUUAGCAACGCCGAGGCGCGUUGGGAAGCUCACUUCCAAACGAUUGCUUGUGUCCCGUACGGUUCCGGUUCGUUCGGUUCUAUGUCACAACGUUCCGGUAGCCGGUAGUGACACGUGUCGCGGUCCCUAGUUCAUUUGUCGAGGACGUGUGCGUGUGUUUUUGCAUUCAUGCUGUGUAGACUGAAAAUCCCCGCAUGAAUCUCCUCCCGGGAGAGCUUAGAAGAAUGCUAAUUAGUUGCUAUUUAUUUGUUAACGUAUCGUUAUUUUAUGUUGUUCAGUACCGCGCGGAUUACGGAGGGUUUCGCGUGCAGGCGUCGGGAAACGUCGUAAUUCGGACGCAUUCGAACAAAAGCUCGUAGCUCGUAGUUGUGCGUUAGAAUAAGUUACACAAUAACUCAGCAGCAAAGUUGUGCUCUUCCUAUCGGUUAUGAGCACCCAGUUCUAUCUAAGCGCCUUUCACUGGUUGUUUCAGUUUCAUGAUCGGACCAUCGCGGUCAGCAAGAUGGUGGAUGGGCGGAUGGGCGUGGACCGCACGACGGCUUCGGACUAUGCUUUUAUCACAGUAACAGGGCCAAGUAAUGCGACAUAUCGGAUCAGGUAGAAAGACGCGCCCAAGGAUGCGACCCCAAAACCACGGUGCGCACUUGAGCGCGCACUCAAGUUUGUUACCAUUUUUAGCUGACGGCAAUUAGCGAAACCCGCCGCGCUCAUCCCACACACACCACGUCUCAUUUCGUUUCGGCCCUUUUUUCUAUACCAUUUUAACAACCCUUCUUUUAUCCCCAAUCACCGGGCAAGCAUUGGGCCAUCUGCUUUUAAGCUGAUAUUCCCAUCACAUCCAACCAACCUCCUAACCAAAGGGAGACAGACCCCACGUAAAGUGUAAAGUGAGCGACAAUAAUUAGCUAAUGAAGGAUUACAAAUCGAUGUAGAGUGCAACAAAAAAUCCCAAUUAUUUUCGUCGAUAUCCAGAGGCAGAGUGUCGUUCGAUUGUGGCAUGUGGGGCAGCAGCGGCAGCCCGGAUCGAACGGAUCGGUAAUUAGCGCUGCGUACCUCAACGGAUUAUUUACGUUUUGUAUAGCAACUAGAGAUUAGCAAAAAAACAUCCAACCGAAAGGAGCCAAACCCAGACACACACACACAAUCGUUAGGAUCGAAAGAUCGGUUGAAGCAACCGCCGGGUUACGGGGUGGGUUAAAUCUGUGGCAACGUGCAGUACUCAUUUGGGACGGAAUGGUAUGAGCCGAAGUAGUAGUAGUAGACAGUAGUUAGUUAAGUAGUUUGUUAAGCGAAAAAAAGCGGCUCCCAGCUUAAACUCAUUACCAGCAGCCCGUUAAUGAUGCGCCCUGGUAUGAUAGCGAUCGGUCGAUCGAUGGCCAACUGUUACAGACUGUCGCAGACUGCCUAAUUACAAGCGGACACUUUUUUGUAGUGGCAACCAGUUCUUGCUUCUUCACCUUCUACCAGCUAAUUAAAUUAAAUGCAACCUAACGUAUGCGGCCAAUAAUUUAUCAACGCAACGUAUUCGCGUAUUUGCUCAGCUACCGCGCUCUGGCUGAGUAGUGCUGCUUUUGGCCCAGCUAAUAUUCAAUUGAUGCAACGGUGGUCUUCCAUGUACAGCGCAUCUGGACGGUCCCUGAAAACCAACAGGGGUCAGUACGGGGUAGUAACGGGGAGCUUAACGAUCAAAUGAACGCCUUCGCCGAAUAUUAGCUGCUUCACAGACUUUGCAGUGAGUACUCGAUUUAGGGUUCUCUAUUUAUUGUUGAAAAGUUCUUCGUUUCUUAUGUUUGCUCUCCCAACUCAUGACGCGGCAAUGUAACGUGUGAAUCAGGUAAAGGAAUGGCUAGUAAGAAUGAAACAAUAAAACCAUUAGAUACCAUGUAA